GCUCGUGUGGGGAAACCAAGAAACGAUUUGGACCCUCUCGCAGGGUGCUUUGACAGCUCGACCAUCCCCAAGAACAGAGGCACUGGCCAAGCCCAAGCAAGAUUUUGGCAAGCACCAGUGCAGGUCAGUGAUGUGCUUUCCUUCUGAUCGGCUGCUGAAGUUGUCUGAACCUAAAAAAUACCAGGCUGCUUACCUGCAGCAAAGACCUCACCAGUCCCCUGAGUGGCCCGUGUCACCAGCUGCGCUGCGCUAUAAGGCCUCCCCACGGAUUCUGGAGCUUGCCCAGCCAAAGGUGCUGCAUCCAGAGUUCCUGCCAGCCAGAGAGGUGCCAACGCGGGUUACAAAUGUGGCGGCUUUGGCCAGAGCAUCCUCGCGGUUACAGCGUCUCGCAGAGCCCCGGGUCAGGAAGGUGACCCACUGCUAUGAGCACGGCUUCCCUGAGUCUGUCAUUCGUCCGGUUUCCAAGUGGGCUCUGGAGGCUAUCGCGAGCCCUCGGACGCUGGAGCUGGCUAGGGCAAAAAGAUUACACCCUGACUGUGUACCCCUGCGGGACGCUGAGUGGCCAGUGACAAAGGCUGCAAAGCACGCGGUGGUCACACCAAGGCUCGUGGAACUGGCCCGGCCUUGCACCAGGAUUCCUAUGCGCUUGGCUCAGUUCAACCCAGAAGCCUUCACAGUGAAGGAGGCUGCUAAGAAGGCAAGUUGUUCUGCUCGGAUCCAAGACCUGGCUCGUCCGAUUAAGCACUGA